AACGGUGUGUGUGACAUCAGACGCACAGGCCACACUGCAGUCGCUACACCGGGGCCUCAUUACUAGCUACUCUGUAGAAGCGAGGACUCUCCGUCCAUAUCUGUGAAGGUAAAGUCGGUGCUUAACUUGUUUUGUCUGAAGUUAGUGUGUGACAAGAUAGCAUUGAGCUUUAGUUCACUCGAUACAAUUCCUUUUAAAUUAGCUUCCAAGCGUCAAUUUUUGAUAUGAAGGCACCAUUAUUUUGUGCGUGGCUUCUUUUUGGGACAAAACUGAGAAUUUGAUCUCAUGGUAAUUUAAAAGUUGUCACAAGGCUCGAGAAAGAAAUCGCAUCAAAAUCAUGAACGAUAAUAUGAACGAAAUUGGAUCGUGUGAACUGAGCCUAAGACAUCGUUUGAUUAAAUUUUAUAAACUUUUAAGCUUUAAUUCAGUUAUUCUAUUUUGUUAAGAUUUUUUUUAACCGUUCUUUUAACUGUAUUCGUGUAACAAAAAAUAUUUAUACUCUACUAUUUAGGGUCAUUUUUUUAAAAUGUAAGUAAUUUGUCCAACGUCAAUAAUACGAUCAUCCAUUUGUCCACCACACAAUUUAAUAACAACAACUGAUGAUAACCAUUUAUAUUUUUCAGAGAUCACAAAAAUAUUCCAACACCAAGUUUUGAGCACCGUUUCGCACGACGAUUGUAUCAUAUACAGCCUUGGCGUGAAACCUUACUAUUGUUAUUUUCUAGACAAGUUCCAGAAUUCGUUUCCUAUAAAUAGCCGAGAUAAAGCUAGGACUCUUUUUCUUUGCUUGAUGUCCCCUUAAAGAUUUUUUCACUGCACAUUCAGAGAUCUUUCGGAGUAACUCAUUUUACAAUAUCAAAAACUGGACUAUUCUGUAAGCUAUUAGAAUGAAUCAAGGUGUCAGAUUUCUCUGUGUGCUGUUUUGUGUGAUGUCGAUGGUCACAGCCUCAUCACGUCAUCAUAGAAAUGAAUCCUUGACCCGUGGACAGCACGAGGACAGCAGUCCAUCCGGAAACUCUCCAGGUAUUCUGAUCCUGCGAAAUGAGUCUUCCCUGCUGAGAGUAAAGAAGGCGAUUGAUAAGUCCACCACGGGGUUCACUGAAAGCGAAAAGAAAAUUAUCCUGGAUGCCCACAAUGCGGAGAGGCGAAUUUCGGGUGCCAGUGAUAUGAUGAUUUUAACAUGGGAUGACGCCCUUGAGAAGUUCGCCCAGGCGUGGGCGUCGAAAUGUAAUUUUGCUCACCAAACUGAGGCCCAGAGAACGAACGUUGGAAAUUUCCCUGUGGUUGGGGAAAACCUCGCUGCAUCAACCGACGCAUCGGGAUAUCCUGCGGGGGCUGUGAGCCAGUGGAAUGGCGAGAAGGCGGACUACACCUACGACACCAACAGCUGCUCUAAAACUUGCGGGCAUUACACGGCAGACGUCUGGGCCACGACGAGGUCCGUUGGUUGUGGGAUCAAGUACUGUGACCCCUUGCAAGGCGUCGCGUGGCCCGGGUAUUUCGUCGUCUGCAGCUACGGCCCUGGCGGGAACUACGUCGGACAGAAGCCGUACAAAAAGGGCGCAGCUUGCUCGGCGUGUCCAAGCGAUGCCAAGUACUGCAUCGACGGCCUGUGCUCCACGACCCAGGACACCCAGGGCACGACUCAGGGCACCCAGGGCACGACCCAGGGCACCCAGAGAACCACCCAGGGCACCCAGAGCACGACCCAGGGCUCCGACUCGAGCAGUGAGAUGGUCAGCAUCAGCACCUAUCUGUUAUGCGGUUAUAUGGUUAUCUCAGCAGUCAUUUUUCAAGUCAUUGUUUAAUUUUUGUAUGUGAGGUGAUGAAGGGCACGUCAUUAAUGAGGCCCUCAAACAAUAUACAAGGUUGUUUGUGUAAUUAAGUCUUGACCUUGAACCACUUUAGACCAUUUCCUUAGAAACAACUUUAGACCAUUUUCUUGGAACAACUUUAAACUUUUUCCUUGACACACAUUUAGAUCAUUUCUUGGGAACAACUUGAGACCCUUUCCUUAAUAAACUUUUUUUCCUUAGAACAACUUUAGACUAUUUACUUAUAACAAAGUUUUCCUUAAAACAUUUCAUUAGAACAAUUUUAGUCCAUUUCCUAUCAACAUGUUUAGACCUUUUCCUUGAAAAACAUUUAUACCAUUUCUUUGGAACAACUUUAGACCCUUUCCUUAUAACAACGUUGCUCCCUAGAGCAUUUCCGACCAUUUACUUAAAACAGCUUUAUACAAUUUCCUUAUAAAUACUUUAGACCAUUUCCAUUAGAACAGCUUUAUACAAUUUCCUUAUAAAUACUUGAGACCAUUUCCAUUAGAACAGCUUUAUACAAUUUCCUUAUAAA